CGCGCGUGCGCGUACUGCUCCGUUUCGUUUCACUGCCGGUCCGGCUGCUCGCGGUUCAGGACUCGGGUUCAUCAGGCUUAGGUUACACAACGUGCACGAGUUCACGAGUGUGUGUUCGUCGCCGGUUUUGUACUCCGAUCGACUCGGUGAUUGUAAAGGGAUCGCGAUCAUGGCUGCUGCCAAUGCUGUAAAGAGGCUGAUUCCUCUCUUUGACAGAGUUCUCAUACAAAGGGCCGAGGCUAUUACCAAAACGAAGGGUGGUAUUGUACUGCCAGAGAAAGCUCAAGCAAAAGUCUUGCGAGGCACAGUUGUGGCCACAGGCCCUGGAGCGAGAAAUGAUAAAGGAGACCAUGUGCCUUUAAGCAUUAAGAUUGGAGAUGUUGUGUUACUUCCUGAAUAUGGCGGUACAAAAGUUGAACUUGAAGACAACAAGGAAUACCACUUGUUCCGCGAGUCGGAUAUAUUAGCCAAAGUAGAAGUUUAACUCGUUGAAUUUAAGUUUCCAGUUUUGUAAAUGCUACAAGGUGUUCUUCUAGAACUU